AUGUCAAACCAGGACUCCUCCAGCGGCAGCAAGUCGCCAGACUACAAGUCGAACCUCCUCUCCAUCCUCAUCUCGAGCAAAGUCCUCUCGUUCGGCUCCUACGUCCUCAAAUCAGGCCGGAACUCGCCCUACUUCUUCACCACCACCCUACUGCACACCGCACCGCUACUGCACGCCACAGCCUCUGCCUGCGCGACUGUACUGUCCAGUCCGCCAUUUGCUACAGCUCAGGAUAACGGACAGGCCGCCGUUCCUAACUUUGAUAUCAUUUUCGGCCCUGCUUAUAAGGGAAUACCGCUCUGCACGGCUGUGUUGAACGAGCUCGGAGUCCGGGAUACCCAGGGCGUAUGGGAUAAUGUGAGCUACUCGUUUAAUAGGAAAGAGGCCAAGAGUCACGGCGAGGGAGGGAGUAUCGUCGGUGCGUCCCUGAAGGGCAAACGGAUAGUCAUCAUAGACGAUGUUAUCACGGCUGGCACGGCGUUGAGGGAAGCUGUUGGCAUCAUCGAGAAAGAAGGCGGUAUCGUGGUUGGUGUGCUCGUUCUCUUGGACAGACAGGAGAGAGUCAAUGAUACGGAAACCAAGAGCGCCGUUGGAGCUGCACAGAGGGACCUGGGGGAGUCGGUUCCUGUUCGUGCGGUGCUGGGUUUGAACGAUAUUAUUGAGAAGCUGGGAGACGAUAUCGGGAAGGAGAAUCUGAAGAAUCUCCUUGAAUACAGAGCCAAAUAUGGCGCCGAGUAG